AUGUAUAAUAAUCAUUUCGAACUUGCAGGAGACGAUAAUUUCAUUAACUUUCCGGUGGAUUUCAAUUAGUAAGCAGAUAAUAUAUAAACAAAGAUCCCAUUUUCCAUAUGUUAAUAGUUGCUCAAAUAGAUAAUGUCAAAAUACUGAUGUUGAGGUUCCAAUUUAACAAUAGUUAUUUUCUAAAUAUCUAUUACCUAAAUAAACUUAGAGAAGGAAAAAGAAAAAAUAAGAAGAAACAAUUUUAUAAAAUAAAUAAAACUCAAAGAACGCAUACAUAAACAAAAUUUCAUCUCUCAUUUAAGAAUCUGUUCCAACCACAGCUCCUAAACUUGAGAAGAAAGUCUCAAAUUUUCAAGAUGAUUCUACUUAGGCUAAGCUACUUCGAAAUAGAGAAAGUGCAAAAAAUUCAAGAAAGAGAAAGAAGAUUUAUUUGGAAUUACUCGAAAACAGAGUAAAUACACUGAAGGAUGAAUUGGAGAAGUGUAAGAAGAUUAUAAAAGAUCAUAGUAAUUGUAUGUUAUUAAUUGGAUCUAAUUCACAAGUAAGUAUUUACAACCAUCCUUAGUAAAAAGCCUGUUAAGAAGAUAGAUAAAAAUUGUUUGACAAGUUGAAAUCGGCAAUUUAAGAUAAUUCUGAUAAUAAUGAUAUUAAUCUAUUACUUGACACAAUAAAAUUUAAGUUUGGAGGAGGAGGAGGGAAAGAAAGGGUGAACGAUGCAAAUUAUGUUCUGUAAUAAGUAAUGGAAAUCUUUCCUAUUCAUGUGAAGUAUUUGCUAUGGGGUUCGGACUCAAUUCUCACUUAACCCAGCUGGUUUACUGAUUUAAAUAGAGAAGUUGAUAUAUCAGACUAUUAAAUGAGAUCCUUAAACCAAUCUUACUAAAGAAUAUAAUAUGACAAGUAGAAGAUAGAAGAGUAAAAUUAUAUUUUAUAAAAGUAUCAUUGAACAAUUAUAAACUGUCAAAGUUAAUUUGUAUUAAAAGACUUAUUCGUUUGGAAACUUUAUUGAUGAGUUGAGAAACAUCUUCACUCCUACUCAAGUCUCUAAGUUGAUAUUAGGUUUGGAGAAGGUAAGAUAAUUUCAUAUUAUUAUGAUAGAAUAAGUAUUCUAAGGAAUUUAGUGUGUUGAAUAUGUAGAAACAAUUUGAGGAUGAAUUUGAUACAAUAGACAAAUAAGAAGAAUGGUAAUUCGAUGAUACUGUAUCAAAAAAGAUUCAUAUUUGA